AUCCAAUCAGGGAGCGAAUGUGGGCAGCCACGCCUUCGUUUUCAAAAUUAUUCGUUUUGGUCUGUUUUCACUGAAAUGUGAGCCCGGAUGUUUUCAAACUAAAACGGGGUCUUCGGCGUUUCCAAAAGUCUUCGUUUGCGAGGGUCGAAAAUGCCUGUAGACGACAGGCGUAACCGUAGCAAAAGCUAUGCAUUUUAAUACGAAAACGCACUAGUUUAAACAGGGCCUUAAUAUGAACUCCUAUAUAAAUCUUCAUAUUCUUCAAGCUCUUGACCUACAUCAGCAUGAGUUUAUGCAUUGCACUGCUGCUACAUAAUUGGCUGGCUGGAUAAUUGCAUGAAUGAGCAGGUAUACAGGUGUUUCUCUUAAGGUGGCUGGUGAGUCUAUAUUUAUGCAGGUUUUAAUCAGGCAAUAGUCAAAUUCAGCCUGUCACAUUCUCUGUAGGAGCCACUGUAUGAACACACCAUCAAGACUUGUUCGUAACGUUCAUGUGAUAGGUUGAUUGGUGAUAAUUGGAAAUUGGCAAAAUGUAGUAAAACUGGAAGUUAAAAAAAGGCAUUUAUGAGUCAAAAUUGAAUGAAAUCAUUUAUUGUAAUUGAUUAUAAAUCAAGUAUAAUUAAAAAAAGUACAGACAAGCUGAUUUGCACAUAAAUAUGAUACUUAAAAUAGUCCUUCUCUACGUCAUCAGUCACAAAUUAACAGUAUGCCUACACCAGAAUCAGAACAUAAUUGUUUGCAUUUUCAUUGGAAUUGUGUUGUAUCUUAUACUUUUAUAGCAGAUUCAGUGGUAUAGUUAAAUGUUGUAUCGUUGCCUUAAGAAUCAAAAUCGUAUCAUAUCAUGUGUAAGCCUGAGUUUUACACCCCUAAUAAUUACCCAGUAUCUCCUCCAUGAGGUCUUCUCAGUGUGGCUCCUAUAGUGAUGUUAUAAACUGGUCCUUCCAUUUGUCCAGCACCCACACUCACACUUAUCCAUGUUUGACCAACAUGAAAGAUCUCAUGUGGUUCUCAAAAUGUAAAUAUUCUUUUAGAUAAUAAAACUAGUACGAUAUCAAAACCAAAGAACAUAAAGUUGAGUUUUCUGUGUUCUGUAAAGGAUUUGUGAGAAUGAUGAUGAUAUCAAUAAAAACAUCUUUUUGUAAAAAAAAAAAAAAAAAAAUCUGGUUGUUCUUGUGCACAUACACACUGUACAUGUAUUUCUGUUUCAGCUGUUAACUUGAAAGCAGUAAAAUAUCCAUGAGGUGUCCAUGAUGAGGAGUGACUUCAGUAACGGUAUAAAACCGAUAUUAACCAAUAUUAAUAACUUGAUUGAGAAAACUGUGUCUACAGGUAUCUGUUUCAAAAACAGUACUACCUGAUUUUUACCAGUUUACUGAAUGGUUGUGCCUCACCUGUACUGUUCAAAAUUUAAAGUUAAAUGUGUGGGAUGUGUAAUUAUAGUGGAGGAGCAUUUUGUCAUUUUAUUUGACCUGAUUUUAAUUUUACCUAAUCUUUUUUUUUUUUUUGACAGUCACACAUUUCUCUGUCCCGCCCACUGAAAGGGCAAAACCCUGCAACAGUAUUAAACUGAAAAGAACUUAUAUAUUUUUUUCUGACAUCAGCUUACAUGAGUUCACAAUACCUUCUGGUUACAUAAACAAAUAGUCAAGAUCCAAAGAUUGUGCAGGUGCUUGCCCUACACAAGCUCUGUAGGGGUUUGUAUUGGUCACGUCUUUUAGCUCUGUAAUGAGAACGAACAAAAGGACCAAAUUCAUUCAAGUAAUCAAGACAUGUUUCAUCUGAUUUCCACUUAGCUUCAUUUCCUUCAGGUACAAGUAUCCUGUUUGAUCAAUGAACAGGGAGGAGGCAGAUUUGUUUUGAACAGCUGAUCUCUGUGAGCAUUUAGUUUCAACACCUUCCCACAAAUGGCUCUUCUGUCUGCAUGGACCUGAACAGAAUAAAACGGUGCUUAUUUUCUACUGCUAGUUUCCAGGGCUGAAGCUUUUGAAAGAAGUCAGUCAUGUGGGAAUUCUUCUUCUGCCUGAUGCCUUUCAUGUUCCUGUUCACGAUUGCUAUGCUUUUUCAAUCAAAGUGGAUUUGCCAUCUUGUAGAGGAAGGAACGAGGCAGCUAACUCUGCAUAUAUGGAUCAUAAUCUGCUCGAUAUUGAAGCUUCCACACCCCAGUGUUUUGUAUGGCACUGGGGACAAGGAGUCAAAAAUCAAGCUGAUCUACAAAUCGACAGCUCUGGCAAACAACCUCAUACAGAACUGUAAAGCUUUAGCAUGUGCUCCACUGGCUAGGUGGCCAAAAGCAGACCCUCAUUUACAAAUGUUCUUCAAUUUCUUAUGGCCCAUUGAGGAUGAUGCACAAGAACACUGUGGAAUAACCUUUACCAGGGAUCAUUUACUAAUACAAGAUGGUGGUAUCGUAGCACUAGAUUGGGCUGUCAGGCUUAAAGACCUGAAUGCUCAGGCUAAGAGGGAACAUUAUCUAGGAGAAAGAGCUCCAGGCUGCCAUACCUGCACUCCAUCCAUUAUCAUUCUGAUUCCUAAUGCUUUGGGGAAGAUCACGCAGAAUUUGCUGAGCUUGUGUCGCUUGGCUCUGCAGCAAGGUUUCUACCCUGUGGUCUUCCAUUGUCGUGGUCAUGGGAGAUGUCCGCUUACUACUCCACGCUACCAGGAAUUUGGGGAUCCCUCUGAUCUGGUGCAGGUAGUACUAUACAUUAAGAGCCGCCAUCCAUCUUCAGAUCUGUUUGCCAUCAGUGAAGGUUCUGGGUCUGGUCUGAUGCUGUCUUACCUUGGGGAGCGGGGCUCAUCCUCCUACCUGGUAGCAGCUGCUUGUAUAUCACCUGUGUUCUAGGGGCAACUGUUCUUUGAGACACCAUGCCCAAAAUUAUAUCAUGAGGCAUCAUUGUUUUACCGCAAGCUGCAAAUGAGCAGGUAAUUUAUAUUCAUUUUAGUGGAGAAGACUUUCUGAUUGGUAUUAAUGUCAAUAUAUUGUGCAAAGAAUUGAGAUGGUAAAAGUAACAAUUCAACUGACAUAGCAACUAAAGUGGCAGACAUGUCCUAUAGACCAGCACAAAGAUGUGUUGGUGUGCAAAUGAAAUAAGCCAAGUACAAGCUGACGCCACAAUGCGGCACUCGAGCCUAAGGCCGAGACCACUAACAAAAUCGGAGAUGAGUAGAAUGAACAAAAGCCAACAUAUGUAGAAAAUGAUGUUUUGGUUAUAUUUGUCAACAAAUUUACUGUUAGUCUUUGAAUGACUAUUGUUUAAACCAUUAAAGGUAAACCUAGUUCCACAACUUUGUCCUUAUACACAGGUAUGCAUCUGCUCUAAGUUCAGUUAUGGAUACUGAGAAAAUAUUCAGCUGUCGUUCUCUUUAAGACAUGGAGAAGCUGAUGUUCUGUUCAGUCAGAUUGCUAGACACCAGUCAGAAGAACACACUGGAGCAGGCUGUGGAGCUUAGAUCUGUACAGACUAACUGGGCUGGUUACUGGGAACGUAACGAACCCUUGCGAGAUGCUGAUGAAGUCGCUGUUCCUGUGCUUUGCUUGUGUAGCACUGAUGACCCGAUACUGCCUCCAGCCUCCACCUUGCCCAUGUCCAUCUUCCAGAACAGCCCUUAUUUCUUUCUGGCCCUGACAUCCCAGGGAAGCCAUUGUGGUUUUUUGCAGCAGGACACUCAGAUCGCUGCUUCCUGGAGCCAUGAGGCUGUGCUGGAAUAUUUCUGGGUUGUCUCAGAGUUCUUCAAAGUUGAGGAAAGAAAAUGCUUUAUGGAAGGGUUUGUUGGAUGGGAUACUGUCCAAGGGCUCAGUCAAAAAACAGGUGUCAUGUAACACAGGAGGAGGAGACCAACCAUGCUGAGGAGAGAGAGACCUGCCUUGGGUUCACAGAGACAACUCUCAUCUCAUUCAAGGUUGGUCACUUGUGAAGAGCAAGAGACGUUCACUUGGAAAAGAUCAUACACUCGAUGACGUGUGAAUUGUAUCAAAGGUGGAAAAGGAAAAGGAGAAAUACAACCUGGGUGACAGUGAAGAUGUAAACAGUGAUUAGAAAAGUUGCAGCGAACAGAAACCACAUGAAAACUUAUUAAACAUAGUCAAAAAGUGUUCUAAAGUGAAAAUGUUAUUUUAAAAAGUGCUUAAUUGGUUAAUAACUAAAUUAACUGUAUAGCCUAAAUAUAAACAUUUCCCCGCCAGACCUAAAUUCCUGACCAGAAUUCAUCACUUCCUGCACGCCUGCUUGCAGGAAGAUAUUACAUUAGCUGCAAAAUCCACGUAGAAAGUAUUUUUCUCACGAUUCUACAAGCAACAAAUCAAACCGCAAAGUAGAAGGAUGCUCUGAAAUUGUUAAAAAAAAUAAUAAAAAUACAUGUGUUUGGUUUUAUUUCUAUGCUAGGCUUUCUGUAAGCAGAGUAGACGUCCUAUAACUAGAGUAGAUGUCAUGACCAAGAGAGGAAGCAGGCAAUGUAUUUUAAUUUCCUGAAUUGUGGAUCAAACACACAAAGAUGCAUCCUAAAUUGCAGAAUUAGUAAUACUGCCAUUAAGUCAUCCAUUACACCAUCCACAAUUUAAUGAUUUUUUUUUUCACCUCCUGCUGUAAACAAAUUGAUUUGUAAGGUUGUGCUGAUGGGGAUGUUUUCUCAUUAGAUUUGUACUUGUUUUAAAAGUGAGGAUUGCUUAAAAAUAAAAAAUAUAAACUACGGCGUUCAAUAUCUGCUUCCGGGGGGGGGGAUAAACACAAAAUACACAUACUUUACUGCAAAAAGAAAAUAAAGACAAAUGUAUCUAUGAUUACUUAUUACAAUAAAAAACAAAUAUAGAUUAUUAUUAAACCUAUUCUAGACAUUUUAAACUCUGAAAAACUUUUUCUGUUGGCAGAUUUGUUUUUUUCUAAUUUUAAGUUUGUAUUUCAAAAUGAUCUGCCAAUAGAUUAAAAACAGUGUAAAGCUUGAAAUGAAACUGGCUGAAUAAUAUUUGAAUUAUAAUAGUUUCAUAAUAAGAAGUAUUUAAUAAAUUUAACCAUAUUCAAUAGACAGUGGAUAUAAAAAGUCUAUAUACCCCUGUUAAAAGGGCAGGUUGCUGUGAUGGGGGAAAAAAAUGAAACUAAGAUAAAUCAUAUCAGAACUUUUUCCACAUUCAGCGUGAAAUUAUAACGUAUAAAAAUGAAGUGAAAAACAACCAGAAACAUUUUAAAGAAAUACCUGCUGAUAUUAGUACAAAACAUUCUAGUGCCUGCUAGUAAGCUGAAGAUGAAAAGGAAUUUCACAUUUCAGCAUGACAAUGACCCAAAGCAUACAUCCACAUUAAUAAAAGGAUGGCUUACCCAAAAAAGAUCAAUGUUUUUUGAAUGGCCUAGCCAGAGUCCAGACCUGAAUCCAUCUAAAGACCUGUGGAGUGACCUGAAGUGGGCUGUGCACAGGAGAUGACCUCACAACAUGAUGGAUCUAGAAUAUUUCCAAAUCAAGAUGUGCCACACUGAUAGACUCUUACCCAAAAAGACUGUGCUGUAAUAAAAUCAAAAGGUGCUUCAACAAUGUAUUAGUUUAGGGGUGUGCACACAUAAUUCAACUAGCUUAUUAUAAGUUUGUUUGUUUUUUUCCCAUAAAAUCUUUGACUGGUAUACAAAUAAAGGGGGGGGG